AUGACAUCGUUAGGAAUUAUGACACUGAGCCGUGGACCGUACAGCGAGCUCGAUAAAAUGAGCCUUUUUCAAGAUUUGAAACUAAAGAGAAGAAAAGUCGACUCAAGAUGUAGUAGCGACGGUGAAUCGAUAGCUGACACCAGCACAUCGUCGCCAGAUCUUUUGCAACCACUAUCACCAAAGAUGUGUGAUCAGCAGCAGCAGCAGCAGCCACCGCAUCAGCUGCAGCAACAGAGCACUUCGGCUGUAAUCGGCACCGGUGGUGUGGAUACUGCUGAAGGUUUAGCAUCACCACCGACAACACCACCGUCGAUCGCAGAAGAAGAGAACGAACAGGUGUGUUCUUCGGCUAGCAGCUUCGAUGCUGAACCAUCUGGCCAGGGCGGUAGUAGUACCCCAAGCAAUGAUACCAUUGCAGCAAAAGCUUUCAACCACAGUAGCUAUCACUGUAAUCGAUUGAACGGCAGUUGUUCAAAAGACGAUGGCAAACAACCCCACCAUCCACCAGCGGAUGGGUGUGGUGUAGGUCAGCGAGGCGAUACUACGGUAAAUGCCACUAAUGUGAAGGACGAACUCUAUGACGGGAGCGAAAGAGUGUCACCCGACUCAUCGCCCGAAGUUCUAGCGGAGGAACGAACUCCAUCUAGAAACGGUGCUCAGGGUAGAGCAUCAUCUAUCGUUCCCGCUGCCAGUGUGAUACGUUCCGUGGCUGAUGAACGACAACCUCGUUCGGUCAAUCCUCCUACCACGUCUGCCACCAACACGAGAAACCACAGCUGCAACAGUGGUGGUGCCAAUGACGGCAACAUUAAUAACUGCGAUCGUCUAGACAACAUUGACACUGUCAAGAUACUCACCGGCGGCAGUAAUGCUACUGAUCAAAAUAGCAGUACUACUACUAGUGCCUCGGAUGCCAGUAGUUGUAGUAGUAGUAGUAGUAGUAGUAGCAGCAGCAGUAUUGGCAAUAGUAACAACACUAAAUGCACAAGUGCAACGCAUGCAUUGAAUUCCGUUGAGGCGUCAAAGCAACAACAGCAUCAACAGCAGCGCUACGGUGAUCAUGGCGUUAGAGUUGAUGAUGACGUUGAUCGGACGGCCUCUCACAAUGGAAUGGACUCUAACGGUGCUGCUAGCGGUGGUCAAUCCCGACAGCAGCAUGCUACCGUGCUGGUUACUCCGCCAUCGUCGCGGAUCAAAGGAAACAACAAUUUUACAACUGCAGAUGCACCACCACCACCACCACCUAACACGUCAAAUGCAGCCACAGCUGCUGCAGCAGUUGCAGCAGCUGCCACCACGCUGGUGACGCUCGGAAUGCGGAAGCAGCAAUCAUUGCCACCCCCACCAUCCACGGCAGCCACUGUCGAAUCAACGCCACUGUCGACACCAUCAACAUCAACGUCCACGUCGCUAUCAUCGACUUCAUCUUUAUCACAGACAUCGUUUUCGACGGCAUCGAACGGGAGCGCAGCGAGAGCCGAGAACCGACACGUUAGCAUAGAUAGUGAGAAUAACAACGAUGUUUCUAAUUCUAAGCACAGCAACGCGGAUGAGGAUGCCGAACAGCAGCAUCAGAACAACCACAGUACAAGAUCGCCUCCAACGGUCGGUUCUUCGUCGUCGUUUGACGCUGCAACAACCUCUCCACCGCCUUCGGUAUCGUUGCCGUUCUCCCAUCAAUCGCUGUCCACGCGCAUUGGCGGUUUAUCAUCAAAGAUUGUUUCUAGUCAAAUUGUUGCCGAUACUUCACGAUCUCCUGUCGGAUCCAGUGUGGGUGGGAUCAACAUAAUGCCCAACAACUCCUGCCAACAGCAGCACGUUAUCAUAACGCAACAGCAGAUGCUGCAAGCGAUGCAUCAACAGAUUCGCAUAAAAAAGGAACGCCAACAGCAGCAGCAGCAGCAGCAAAUGGGUGUUGCCAGUUCGAUCAUGAACAACCACCGAGCUAUGAACCCGAAUCACCCCGCAGUUCAUCACACCCACACGCAACAGCUGGUUAUCAAACGCGAACGCAGCGCUAGCGGAGGAAGCAAAAUCCUAUCCCAUUCGCCAGGUUCUCCCACAAUGUCGCAUGCGACGAUUGUUCGGCAACCUACUAGCAGCCCGGUGCCAAUGGUCAACAUGAGCUCUUCCCAGAUGCAGCCACCGCAUCAGCAUCUUCCGUACCGUCAACCGAACAGCCCCGUGCAAGUAGGCUCAUCGUCUAGCACUCCACAGCCGCUAAACACGCAAGUAAUCAUCAAGAGAGAGCGAGGAACGCUCGUGCACCAGCAGCCGUUCCAACAUCAGCAGUCUCCUGCGGCUCCCAGCUCGGUGAAUCCUGCCAGCAGUACCGCAACAAAUACCACCCUUACAACAGCAUCGUCACCUGUCCCUACUGCCGUUGGUGGAGCCCUGCAGGUGCGCAAUCCAAUGCGCGAUACAACGAUUCUGUUUCGCGUAAAGAACGAAGCAAACUCAACGACCCAACAGCACCAGCAGCAGCAGCAGCAUCAGCAACAUCAGCAGCAACAGCAACAUCAGCAGCAACAACAGCAACUACAGCACCAGCAACACCAUCGAAUGGUCUGGCCCGCUCCUGCAGCGAUUGCUGCAGUGGCGUCCGCCGGAGCGACUACUGCGCACCGUAUUAAUGGCGUCAAACCGGAAGUUAUCGGUGGCCCACUGCCACCAAUCAGAAACCAAAUAGCGUCACCACAUCAACAGCAAUCACCACUGCAACAACAUUCGCCCCACCACCAGCAACAAUCGCUGCAGCUCUCACCGCAACACCAUCGGCAUAGCAGCCCGGGUCCGAUCGCUUCUCAAACACCGCCACGGGUGACACCCACCGUAAUUAUGGGCGAAUCGUGCGGUGUUCGAACGAUGGUUUGGAGCUAUGACACUACCAUGCAGCAAGUUCACAACACGUCUUCAUCGAACUCCGGUACGGGCAGCAGUACGGGUUCCGAAUCAAACCAAGCAAUGCCGACUGCUGGAAAUGCCAUCGGUACGCAGGGACAGCCCCAUCACCACCAUCCGCAAGCAGUUGCUCUCCAUCAUCAGCACUUGCAGCAACAACAACAGCAACAACAACACACCGGUUCCACGCCUUUGAACCAUCACCAGCAAGGACAUCAGCAUACAAAUGGCGGUACGUUGAAUAGUGGGAGCAGCGGGAUUGUGCUCAACAACAACAACAACAACAGCAACACGAGCAAUAACAACGAGGAAGCUGCACAUCUUUUGCUCAGCUUGGGUCAGUCAGUUGUACCAACAACCUCGUCAACAGCGGCGGCAGCAGCAGCAGUAGCAGCCGCUGCAGCAGCCGUUGCCGUUGGCCAUACUCAGGCAUGGCAGACGUCCAAUCACCACCGUACUGGUCUACCACUUAACAUGGAACGGCUUUGGGCUGGCGAUUAUGGUCAGUUUUCCACGGGGACGCCACAACAACUUCAGCAGCAGCAAGCUCUGAAUCUCACCUCGCAACAACAGCAACAGCAGCAGCAGCAGCAGCAGCAUAUGGCGUGGAGUUUGGGAAGCACAGGAUCUGUUGGAGGUCCCAAAAAGGAACUGCUUGACGAUAUUCCACCAGACGAAGACGACCAACCGUUGGUGUGCAUGAUUUGCGAGGACAAGGCCACAGGACUGCAUUACGGCAUUAUUACUUGCGAAGGUUGCAAAGGGUUUUUCAAGCGAACGGUGCAGAAUCGGCGGGUGUACACAUGUGUCGCCGACGGUACCUGCGAGAUUACAAAAGCCCAGCGAAACCGCUGCCAGUAUUGUAGAUUUAAAAAAUGUAUCGAACAAGGAAUGGUGCUUCAGGCGGUUCGGGAAGAUCGCAUGCCUGGUGGACGUAACAGUGGAGCCGUUUAUAAUUUGUACAAAGUAAAAUAUAAGAAACAUAAAAAGAACAACCAGAAAUCUACCAAUGCUAAGCUACAGCAAGGUACCGGUGCCAUGGGAUCGGCCGUCACUAACCUUGGAGUUGGAGCCGAAGGACAAUUGGGAGGCGGAAUCAUCUCGGGCGGUGGUGGCGGUGACAGUCCUAAGACGACAAACUUGUACCAUCAUCAACAGCAGCAUCUUUCAUCGCACGCGCAGCAACAGCAUCAUCUGCCCUCGACGACAUCGCCAACAAUGGUGAAAUCGGAAGGCGUGAAUCUUAGUCUCAUGAACGGUACCAUUCUGAAGACGGCACUCACCAACCCCAGCGAGAUUGUGCAUUUACGGCACCGGUUAGACAACGCGGUCAGUUCGUCUAAAGAUCGGUCGAUUUCGUACGAGCAAGCGUUGAAUAUGAUACAUACCCUUAUUGACUGUGAUGCUAUGGAGGAUAUAGCGACCCUACCGCAUUUUAGCGAAUUCCUCGCAGAUAAAUCAGAGAUCGGCGACAAACUCUGUAACAUUGGCGACUCGAUCGUGCACAAGCUGGUCUCGUGGACGCGCAAGCUUCCGUUCUAUACGGACAUUCCUGUCGAAAUACAUACCAAGCUGCUAACGGACAAAUGGCACGAAAUAUUGGUACUGACCACGGCAGCCUACCAAGCCAUGCAUGGCAAAAAACCCAUCAACGCCUCCCAAACACAAGGCGGUGGUGUAGGUGUUGUGUUAACACCGGAUAAAAACGAUCCCGAAUUCACGGAAGAGAUAACGUCUCAUUUGCAAACGCUGCAAUCCUGCCUUACGACAUUGAUGGGACACCCAAUAUCGAUCGAGCAGCUAAAGAUCGACGUUGGACAGAUGGUGGAAAAAAUGACUCAGAUUACGAUAAUGUUUCGUAGAAUCAAGCUAAAAAUGGAAGAGUAUGUUUGCCUGAAAGUUUACAUUCUACUUAAUAAAGAAGUUGAGCUGGAAAGCAUUCAGGAGCGAUACAUUCAAGUACUUAGAAGCUACCUACAGCACACCGUACCGCACAACCCCAAUCGACUGAGUGAUCUCCUGGCCCAUAUACCAGAAAUUCAAAUGGCAGCUAGUUUGCUCCUGGAGAGUAAAAUGUUUUACGUACCCUUCGUACUCAAUUCGGCCAACAUCAGGUAG